AGCGUCCAUGCGUGCGGUGAGGUGGGCGGUGGGGGGAAGAGCCGGCCGGACUUUUCAACAAUCUGCCUCACUUGUCCGCCCGCGGGCUUUCAUCGCUUCCUGCUUAUCCGAAUUAUUGCGUUGGCCAAACCUAUUGUUGCGUUUCUCCGAAUCCCACUGCAUCCAUCCAUCCAGUCCAAUCUCAACCUAACUCGUGGGGGCUAGCUAGUUAAGUUGCUAACUCGCACGUUCGGGCCUUUUCAAUCUAGUCCGUUACUGUCGCGUCAUACUAGAUUGCGCUUACGAAACGAACAUCCUUGCCCCUCAUCUCCGACCUUCCCUUCGGAGGUUACUUUUUUUUCCCCCUCUUAUCGGUCUUUACGUUUCUACCCCCGCCUUCCUCUCUCUCUGUCAUUCCCGCGAUGUCCAAAUUCGGCGUGCUGGUCAUGGGCCCAGCGGGGGCAGGCAAGACAACGUUCUGCAGCGCGGUGAUCCAGCACCUGCAGCACACGCGGCGGAGCUGUUUCUACGUGAAUCUGGACCCAGCGGCGGAGACGUUCAGCUACGAGCCGGACCUGGACAUCCGGGAGUUGAUCACGCUGGAGGACGUGAUGGAGGAGCUGGGGCUGGGGCCGAACGGCGGGCUGAUCUACUGCUUCGAGUUCCUGCUGCAGAACCUGGAUUUCCUGACGGAGGCGCUGGAUCCGCUGAGCGAGGAGUACCUCAUCAUCUUCGACAUGCCGGGCCAGAUCGAGCUGUACACGCACAUCCCGCUGCUGCCGUCGCUGGUGCAGUUCCUGUCGCGCGCCGGCCCGCUCAACAUCAAUAUGUGCGCGGCCUACCUCCUGGAGAGCACGUUUGUCGUCGACAAGGCCAAGUUCUUCGCCGGCACGCUCAGCGCCAUGUCCGCCAUGCUGAUGCUGGAGAUGCCGCACGUGAACAUCCUGACUAAAAUGGAUCAGGUCAAGGAUAUGGUUUCGCGCAAGGAGCUCAAGCGCUUCACUAAUGUCGAUGUGCAGUUACUGCAGGAUGACGAUGAUGAAGCUACUGAGGGGCCAGCAGCUGGCGAUCCCGCCAACAAGGAGACCUUGCUCAGCGGCGGCGCGUUUCAGCAGCUUAACCGCGCUGUCGGCCAGCUCAUCGACGACUUCAGCAUGGUCUCCUUCCUCAAGCUCGAGGCCCAGGACGAAGACAGCGUCGCCGCUGUAUUGAGCCACAUCGACGAUGCCAUCCAGUAUCAUGAAGCGCAGGAGCCGCGAGAGCCGAAUGACGCGCAAGAGGUCGACUAUGAGGAUGGGGAUAUGUGAGGGGGUGUGUGGUUGGGACGUGUGAAGCUGCAGGGGAUUUCGAGGAAUGAAGAUCAGCUGGAACGACAACACAUCAAUCGCCCCCACCCCCCUCCCCCCGGCGCUUUCUCAGACAUACAGACAAAUAGUGUUUACCGACAUUCGUUAUCGCAGGAUGUCAAUUGGACGUCCAGUUCACGCAGGCCGGUUGCCGGGUCGAUUAGCCUGGAGAUGUCGCUUGCGAGCAGGAAUGUCACUCUCCCACCGCUUCUUUGGAUGCAAGCUGCAUGAGCUAGGAGAGACCAUCAUCAUCCAAGGGCUGGGCUAGAAGCCAGGCAAAAGAGGCAAGACGAUCGAUCGCAUCGGAUCUGCAAAGCAAGACAAGUCAGACGCCCGCCAACCGUU